GGCCGGGGGCUUGAGUUCCACACACUCCGGUGAGGACUGAUGAGCACCGCGGGUGGGCACGGAGUCGGACAUACACGGUGAUACGCACUGGUAGUAGUUGUGGUAACGUUAAAUAAACAACACGGGUAAACUUGAAGCAAAUUAAGUUAAUUAAUUACCGUGUAAAAUGUCAAUAUUAGCGCUUGUUCUCAGCCUCACAAACUGCCGUCGGUGACUAACGGCUGAGUGACGUAGCCUAGCUUAAUUUGGUAGCUAGCUAGCGAAAUAAGUUAAAGUACUCAGGUGAAAUUGAGCGUUAACUUUAAUGGGAAAUAAGUUAGUUUUCCCUCCACUAACCUGACUGUCGUCGGGACUUUUGUGUGGUACAGGGUUUUGUUUUUUUGGUUUUUUUUUGACAUUUCCUCUCGCCCCCCCACCCCGGACUGAACACGCUGUGGGAAACUGUGUCAUGUUAUGGCUCAGGGGGGUAAAUGGAGCAUAACAGAUGAAGAUGGACCCGCCUGACAGCAAACAAAACAGCACAGAGCCACAAACUGCUGCAUCUCCACUGGAUCUCCUCCAUAACCCAGACGACCUUGCCGUCUCCCCCACAUGACCGGCUGCUAUCAAAACAGCACAGAUUCCGCCACCCAAACAGCUCAGCAGCGGUACAAGCAUGGAGCCAACCUGCAGAACACCACCAUUCCCACACCCACUCCAAGAUGGAUAUGUAACUAAACAAUAGUUGGAAGGGGAGAACCAUGGACCAGUGAUGCACUCAACAACCUGCACAUCCCACACACUCUCUCCCUCUCUCUCUCUCCAUGGGAAAAGGAUGGGUCUCUCUCAGUUCACUGCAGGCCUUCAGGUCCCAGUUGGCCACUCAUGAUGGUUACUACUCGAGGCGGGCCACCGUGAUGAGUCAGCGCGCUCGCUGCCUCUCUGUGCUUCUCGGGUGCAAUCCCGGUACCAUGAAGCAGCAGCGAUUGAAAGUGUGUGACCUCCAUUCCUCUGCUGUGAUUGUCAACUUGUGCAUGCUUGGAUGAACAAGUUGGAGUCAGGACUUCAUGAAACUUGCAGCAGAAACCUGCUGACCUGCACCUGUAAAGUUCACUGCUGAAAUGACAAAAUUCACACUUCGAUUUGUGGCUUACGAGGUGCAGAUCAAGUUUGAACACUUUUCCUCUGGUUUCACUGACGCUGUGAGAAGGAACCAAAAUGCCAGUAAGCGGACAGGUCACGGUGGCUGCCUGCACGGGCCCUCGCACCACGGCAGUAAAACUCAACAUUCAUCGCACGGACUCCGAAGAAGAAGGCGCAAAACCUCCGCGACCGCAAACCCGCAGCAGCCACGCGUUGUGACACCGAAGGGUAUGAUGGGUGUAGUGGGCUGGAUGUUGCUCCUACUCUCCCAGAUGAUGGUGCCUGUGGCGUCCCAGAAGCCUCCAGGGCUCAGUGUGGGUGUGGUCAUGGCCCAGACGCGCCAUCUUUCCGAUCAGCAGCUCCGUCCACCUCGGCGCCCCGAUGAUGCCCUCGACGUCUCUGUGGUAAUAAUGAGAAUGAACCAGACUGACCCAAAGUCUGUGAUAACACAGGUGUGUGAGCUCCUCACACGCACUCGUCUCCACGGCAUCGUGUUUGCCGAUGGUACCGAUCAGGAGGCCAUUGCCCAGAUCCUUGACUUCCUCUCCGUUCAGACGCAACUUCCAGUCCUGGGAGUUCAUGGAGGCUCCUCUAUGAUUAUGGCUGACAAGGAUGAGAAGUCCACGUUCUUCCAGUUCGGCGCGGCUCUGCAGCAGGAGGCUCUGCUCAUGCUUGCCAUCAUGGAGGAGUAUGACUGGCAUGUUUUUUCUAUCGUCACUUCCAAGUUCCCUGGGUACCAGGAUUUCAUCAGCACACUGAGGGUAACUGUGGAUCACAGCUUUGUGCGCUGGGACAUGCAGAGCGUGGUGACUCUAGAUGCUGUGGAUGGCGACCCAAACUCUAAAUCACAUAUUGCCCUCAAGAGGAUCCAGAGUCCUGUUAUACUGCUGUACUGCUCCAAGGAUGAGGCUGUGUAUAUACUAGAAGAAGCUCGGUCCUUGGGCCUGAUAGGAGCCGGUUACAUCUGGAUUGUGUCCAGUCUCACCACUGGCAACCCAGACUUCACUCCUGAGAUGUUCCCGUUGGGUAUGAUCUCCGUGUCCUACGAUGACUGGGAGUACCCGCUGGACACGCGGGUGCGGGACGGGGUGGGCAUCAUAUCCUCUGCAGCGACCGCCAUGCUGCGGGAGAAGGGAGAGCUGCCAGAGGCCCAGAGCAGCUGCUACAGCACAGCGUCAGACAGGAGCCCGGGGAAGCUCCCACCUAGUGCUCUGCGCAGACACAUGAUGCAUGUAUGGAACGAUGGGCGAGACUUAUCAUUUACACCAGAUGGUUACCAGGCCAAUCCCAAAUUGGUUGUCAUCGUGCUGAAUAGUGAAAGGAAAUGGGAGAAGAUGGGGCGGUGGGAGAAUGGAACGCUGUCGCUGAUGUUUCCCGUGUGGCCGAGGUACAACUCCUACGGGGACGAGGAUGCGGAUGAGAACCACCUCUCCAUCGUCACCCUGGAGGAGAAACCCUUCGUCAUCGUCGACAACGUGGACAUCCUCACCGGCACCUGCAUGAGGAACUCCGUGCCCUGCCGCAAGCAUGUCAAAGAUAAUAGUACAUCAGGAGGUGCCUACAUUAAGCAGUGCUGCAAGGGUUUCUGCAUCGACAUUCUGAAGAAGAUAGCGAGGAACGUCAAGUUCACUUACGACCUGUACCUGGUCACAAACGGCAAACACGGGAAGAAGAUCAACAAUGUGUGGAAUGGCAUGGUCGGAGAGGUGGUGUAUAAGAAGGCGGUGAUGGCAGUGGGUUCAUUGACCAUCAACGAGGAGAGGUCAGAGGUCAUUGACUUCUCCGUGCCCUUCGUGGAGACGGGCAUCAGCGUCAUGGUGUCUCGCAGCAAUGGGACCGUCUCUCCCUCUGCCUUCCUUGAGCCCUUCAGUGCAUCAGUUUGGGUGAUGAUGUUUGUGAUGCUGCUCAUAGUCACAGCCAUCGCUGUCUUCCUCUUUGAGUUUGUCAGUCCACUGGGCUUCAACCGCAACUUGGCCCAAGGCAAAGACCCACAUGGUCCAUCCUUCACCAUCGGUAAGGCCAUAUGGCUGCUGUGGGGUCUGGUCUUCAACAACUCUGUGCCCGUGCAGAACCCAAAGGGCACCACCAGUAAGUUCAUCGUAUCAGUGUGGGCCUUCUUCGCUGUCAUCUUCCUGGCCUCCUACACUGCCAACUUGGCUGCUUUCAUGAUCCAGGAAGAGUUUGUGGACCAAGUCACUGGACUGUCUGACAAGAAGUUCCAGAGUCCAUACUCCUAUUCGCCUCCAUUUCGCUUCGGGACGGUUCCUAACGGCAGCACCGAGCGCAACAUCAGGAAGAACUAUCCAGAUAUGCAUCAGUACAUGACUAAAUACCAUCAGACUGGUGUUGUGGAUGCGCUGGUCAGCCUCAAGACUGGGAAGCUGGAUGCAUUCAUUUACGACGCUGCGGUGCUGAACUACAUGGCAGGCAGAGACGAUGGCUGUAAGCUGGUAACCAUCGGCAGCGGUUACAUCUUCGCCACAACAGGUUACGGCAUCGCCCUGCAGAAAGGAUCCUACUGGAAACGUCUCGUCGAUCUGGCCAUACUGGGCAUCAUAGGAGACGGUGAGAUGGAGGAGCUGGAGGCUCAGUGGCUGACUGGGAUCUGCCACAAUGAGAAGAAUGAGGUGAUGUCCAGCCAGCUGGACGUGGACAACAUGGCCGGUGUCUUCUACAUGCUGGCCACGGCCAUGGGCCUCUCCAUCCUCACCUUCAUCUCUGAGCACCUUUUCUACUGGAGGCUGAGAUACUGCUUCACAGGUGUCUGCUCCGGGAGGCCGGGUCUGCUCUUCACUAUCAGCAGGGGAAUAUGGAGCUGCAUCCAUGGCGUCCAUAUCGAUAUGAAGAAAAAGAAUCCUGAGCUCGACUUCAGUCCUCAAGCAAACAUGCUGCAUCUGCUCAAGUCUGCCAAGUCCAUGGCUCUGUCCUCUCCCAAACGUAACACUGUCCUCGUGCAGCCGAGCAUCCUCGACGUGAUGACGGGUAAAGGUAACUCACUCCAUAGUCUGCCCCCGAAGGGUCCUGGUCUCUAUAGCAACGCCGCUGGUCCGCAGGGUUUCCUGUCAUUGUCCGGGCGACACAAAAACCUCCUCAACAACGCCGCGCCAUUCCCCGUGCAGCAGAAAGCCCCCCCCAUUCAGACAAGCCCCAACAAGCCCCAGCUGUCAAUCACCAACGACAACGGCAAGGCCCGCCUCACCGGGCCGGCAAUCACUGCAUCCAAACCUCGAGCCUUGUGGAAGAAGAGUGUUGAGACACUGAAGACCCAGCCCACCGUCGUGUCUCCAGGCCCUGGAGCGAGCCCCACCCAAGCAUCUGGACCAGGACCCGGACCUCCAACAAUGAAGAGCCAGCGCUACCUGCCUGAGGAGCCGCCGCCGCACUCUGACAUCUCAGAGUGCUCCAGCAGACCGCCAUCACACAAAGAUUCGGAUUCCAUGGGGGCAAGGGGCGGAUUCAAACCUAUCAAUCAGCUGAGGAAGAGGGGUGGGGGAGGAGGAGGAGGAGGCAGCGGUGGAGGAUCAAAGAUCUACUCAAUUGACUCUGACCAGGCCAGUCUCCAGUCUGCUCCUCCCUACCAGCGAGACAGUCAGGGGGGAAGCGAUGACCACAGUUACCCUCCUGACCUGUUUCCACCUGACAGCACAUACCCACACACACUCUCCCACCAGGCAGACGCACCCAUUUUGCAGCUGAGUGCCAGCCUGCUGCACCAUAGUCACAGCGCCGAGGCCGACCUGCACUCCCUGAAGGACAAGAAAUACAGCACCUACACUCACAGCAGUGGGAAGGACAAAGCUGGAGGGUCAUUCGAUGCUCCAGGUGCAGGACAGGGGACACAAGCGGCCAGGCCUGGCCACUGUCGCUCCUGCCUGACCAAGCUGACCGGUUACUCCGGCCUUUACACCGUUCGUUCGCCGCAGGCCCGCUGUGAUGCCUGCGCCCACCUAGGGAACCUGUACGACAUCAGUGAGGACCACCUGCAUUCACACUACUCCCACACGCACAGUCACCCACACAGUGGGGACAUGUUUACACACUACCUUCCCCAGAGUGAGCUGGGCCUGGUGGGCGAAGGGGAUGGGCUAGUCAGCCCCUUCGAGCCCUCCCCUUCCUCACCAUCUCCACUCCCCUCCUCUUCGUCGGCACAGCACCUUCAGCUGAGUCGUCAGCACUCCUACGAGAACGUGCUUCCGGACGGCAUUCCGGAGAGGCAGCCGCAGCAGCACACCCACCUGCGGGGGCUGAGCCUGCCUGACAGAGAUAGGGAGCUGACCCUGGACGAGGGGGCCUAUGCUAACGUCCUCACAAUGCGCUCUGAUCGUCCGUUCAGCAGCCGCAGCCCCCCCUCUCCGUCGCCCUCCCACCACCAUAGUCUGGACGCCCCUAUGCCCCUUCCCCGGCGCUCAAAGAGUCUCUUUCCCGAUCGGCCCUCUCACAACCCUUUCCUCCAGUCAGCCCCUGGCACGACACAACGAGAUCCCGCCCCCCAGGCUGUCACACGCAUGCCGCAGAGAAGUUCCGCCCACGAGCUCUAUAAGCAGCGAAUGCCGCUGUCGCUUACCCUCGGUAACCACGGCAGCCAUCACAACAACCAGCAUGGCGGCCAUAUCGACCAACAGGUGUUCUACCCUCAGCAGGAGCCCCCUGUGGUGGCCUACAUGGUCCCACCUGCUGCCUCUCAGCCAAUGAGCUAUGUGACAGCGCCGCGAGCCUCUAGCGCCGGCGGCAACAGGCCCCGGCUCUACCGCCGCAUGCCCAGCAUCGAGUCUGACGUCUGAGGGUCACGCGCGACACACUUACUCUCACCGAAAACACACUAACACACACGCAUGCAAGACAGAGGUGUGUGUGACCGGACCAGGCAGCUCUGAUUCUAAGCACAUACACAGAAACACACACACAGACACACACACAGGCAAACGAUGGGAAGCUCUGCUCUGGACUAAAAGGUUAGUGGUGAUGCCGAGUAAAUAAAUCAUUGUUUCUUUAUCACACCCUCUAUAGGGCAGGGUUUUGGGCCACAGGGACACCUGGAGGCACAAUACAAGAUGAAGAGUGUGUGUGAGUGUCAGUGUGUGUACUAGCCUCAAGCCGUGGGCAACGAGGCACAAGCUGACAAUACGUCUGACAAGACAGAUCGAAUUCCUGGUGGAGACAGAAGGGACACUGUACACGGAGUCUGACACCGACAGUGGGAUCGCACGGAAGAUACAGCGGUGUGUUUGGAAGACGAGCCGACUUGUCCCGCCCUCUCACCAGCCUCUUGGAGACGAAGGGGACGCGGAAAACCCCCUUUCUCUCUGAGAUUAUGCGCGCGCACACACACACACACACAUACAUAUUUCACCUAAACACACCCGCCCCUCUCCAGGACUCUCCUGUUGCACUAUGAUUUCUACAGUCAACCCGUAUGUUGUCUGAGCCUCCAAACUGCACUGCCAGCAUGGCUUAAAGAGUAGUAACCUACACUAGAGUAAUCCUUGACUUGAAUGGAAAUUACUAUAUUUGUAAUAGACUAGACUGGGACGGCGGGCAGCUGGUCGGGACAAAGUGUAUCAGCGCCUGCCCGCAGAUGUACAAACACUCGAACACACACACACUCGCACACACACACACACACACACACUGUGUCUGUUUUGCAAGGAGGAAGUAAAAACUACCGACUGUUUGUAAUCGUUGAUGUCAGCUAAUUGAACAUUCCAAAAAGUGGACCAAACGUGGCCGCCAGUCAAAGCCUAUCAGGAAGAACGUGUGUGUUCCAGUGUUUCUGCAUCUGGAGACAUAACAGUAUAACAUCCUUGCUUCCUCUCUUAGCUAGCCUUCAGGUCAUACUGCAUGCUUCCUACUGCCCUGUGUUACAGUUUAACUCCUAUACAGGGUCAUAUAUGCACACACGCGCACACACGUAUAUGCACAUAUGAACACACACACGCACACACGCAGUAGUCUAGGAUAGUAGUUUAGGGUGGGUGUGUGUGUCGAAGCUAUGUGAUAGCUUCUCUUUGUGCACUUUGUAGAUUUUAUACCCUGCCACCCAACACAGACGUUUGACCAAAAAACACUUUUAUACUGAAAAAUAUGAAUAUUCUGAAUCAUUCGCUGGAUAGAUGUUUUCUUUUCUCUCUUAUUUCUCUUUGACAUUGGGUUUUAGGGCACCGUUAAGGGCACAGUUCUGUUAGUUUCCAUUGUGAGGUCAGAAGUUUUACAGUGUUAGAUAAUGGGUACAGCAUCAUACAGUAUACAAACAACAGCUCUUAAUCUUUCUCUCCUUCUAGCCUUUCCUUCUUUCUUCAUCAGCUUCCGUUUACUCUCCUGAUUAAAAAUCCUUUCUGUCGUUUUGCUCCUUCCCCUUGCUUCCUUCUAUUGAGUAGAUUGAGUAUCAGCAGAAUAAAGUUCAGUCGUGGUGUUUAAAUCUCAACAUAUUCUUGGAAAUCACUUAAUAUCGGUAGUCGUAAGAGCUCAUCAGAUUCAACACCGGCUCUCUUAGGAUACAGUACGUUAUUUUUCUACUAACUUUGUGUUGAAUUAAAAAGAACUCGAGGCCCGUUUUUCAAGGUUUCCGUAGUGAAUUUAGAGGCUGAGUACAUCACAGAUUUACUCAUCAAAUUAAUACUCCUGGACGAGCUGGUGCUUGUGUGGCUCUGUUCGUUGGCGAGAACACGGCGCUGUGUUUUUCAGCACGGAGUCACGUGGCGCGGCAGAGAGUUUGCAAAGUGACUCGUUACAGAGGCAACGCUCAAUCACACACACACACACACACACACACACACACACACAUACACACACUCAACAAGCUGGCAAUGUGUGUAUGAGUGUUCUAGAGAUCCAUAAUCUACUGAGUAAGGGCAUUGAUUUUUUGGAGCACAAGGAUUUUGAUGGAAAAAGGACUUGAUAUCCCAUUAGCUGAGCGUCUGUCUCUAUUCUCUUCCUCGCUAUUCUUUAUUCUCUCUCUCUCUCGCACACACAAACACACACACACACACACACACACACACACACACAUCUAUAUAUAUUGGCUGCAAAGAAUGCAAGACAGUUUGAAGAGAAAAAAGACGCACCUUUGAACGGUGAACACUGCCCCUCUUUUGGUUUGGUGUGUGAGUUAUAUGCACAAUAUCAGGUUGCAAUAUUAUACUUCUGUACAGAGAAAUCUUUGUUUUAAAUGUUAGAAAAACUGAUUUCAUUUGUUUGAUUUGAAUGGUAUUAAGUGUUGAAUUCAUUUCAAUAACGACGUGGCUUUUUAAUUCUGCUUCUUUAGGAAAAAAAAAAAGACUGGCAUGUUUUUAGAUUCUCGUGUGAUUUCUUUCUUUUUAGUUUUUUUUUUUUUUUCUUUUUUUCCUCUCUCUCUCUCUCCCCCCUCUGGUGUGUUGUUGGUUGGGACCUCACUGUACAGUCCUCACUGCUGGGCCAACAGACCAGCUAACCACCCCUCAGUCGGUCGGAUAAACCAGUUAACUAGCAACACGUAGCUGGGUCUCUCAUCUGAAUCACACUCAAUGAAUAAUGAUAGUCCAGCCUGUGUGGUUAAUACGAACCCCCUCCCACCCACAUAGUUCUCUUCCACUACGAGUCUGUGCUGUUUCACCUCUGAGUGUGAGCGAGCGAGCGAGCGAGUGUGUGUGUGUGUUUUACACCGUGCAGGCAUUUAUGUAAGACAGAGGAUGAUAUGUGUGUAUCGAGAGGUUGUUUGUGGUGUGUGUGUGUGUGUGUGUGUGUGUGUGUGUGUAUACUUUUCUGUACUCUCUUCCCUUCGUCCCACACAUAACAUUUGACCUGGCUCUUACUCAUAUAACACAAAUACAGCUACAAACACACAAACACACGCACACACACACACACGUUGCGUCUGUACUGUCGUGGUAACGAGAGCGUGGCGAAUGAGUUUUGUACGUCGACCAUCACAGAGAUUUUUACACCAACCUUUUUGUUUGAUUUUAUGAUUUUUUUUAACUUGCAUGACGUGCUUGUGUUUCUGGUGGUACUAUUUUCGCUGCAGCAACACCUGAGUUCUCCCUGAGUUAAGACCUACUGGGCUACGCGCACCAACGCUCCCCUCCGCCGCGGUCAGUUAGCGCGCCACGUCUGAAAACUCGAGGCCCUGGAUACCGAUAUGGCGCCCGGCUGGCUCCCGCACAACGCCAGCCGCCAUCGAGGAACAUGACGGAAAAAACGUUCCGAGGCCCAGCACAGUUUGGUUUGGCCCAGGUGUACACUUGUUAUAUACAGUCCUGGGUGGAAGGAGUGCGUUGGUGUGUAGUCCUCUGGGUCUCCCUGCUGUGUAUCUCACUUGUGUAUAAGUUCAGGGGUUUCUAAGCUACUAGUUGUGUUGUAAAUACUACCUUGUCACUCAGUACCUCUGUACAAUCUGUAAAUAAGUAAAGGUUACAUUUUUCUACUUG